AUGUCGUCCACCAACAAAUAUUUCAAAGGAAUACUUCAAAAUGACAAUAACCAACUGCCUCUAUAUUUUACGGGCUUUCCUGUCCUGGCUCUCAACGUUAAAAUCCUUAUUACCAACGGAAACACUGUCCUUACAACAAAUAUUACCAACGGAAAACACUGUUCUUACUUCAAAAAUGAUAAUAACCAACAAAUAUUACCAACGGAAACCACUGUUCUUGCUUCAAAAAUGACAAUAACCAACAAAUAUUACCAACGGAAAACAAUACAACUCAGUUGUAAUCUAGCACAUUUUUUUGAUACUACAUUUUUUGACUUUUGUGUAACAUGA